AUGCCUCUAAUAUCAAUGGGUUUCACGCUCUCGCUGCUGAUAUGCCAAAUUAUUGGAGCUUCUGCCGUCGAGAACCAAGCAAAAUGGAUCUCAGAAGAGAUUACUAUGCCUCAUGGAUCGACCGAGAUCUUCUACAUCCGCGAAAACGAUUUAUCGACAAGCACUGAUAGGAUCAAUAAGGAUCUCCUCGAGGAAACAAAGCGCAGCUCGAGAACUAAAAUUGUCUUCCUUAACGGCGAAGGCGAAAACCUCUGCGAUUUGCAGUCACGCAUGAAGGCAGUGUCUUUUGCAGGUGCUGAGGUAUCUCACUGCGACGUACUGGCUCAGCAGCUCAUGGACCGGUCUGGCAAGUGGAAGGGAUGGGACUGGGAUGGCGGCCACUACAGCAUAGCCAGUUUCGCGGACUGCGAGUUCGGAAUAAGCAGGAGAGAUGGUGAACCCGGUUCUGCGUUCAUCGGCAACCUGGACGUUGCGGUCAAUAUCAAGUCCGCAAUCGACCCGGCGCAUGGCCUGGUCGAGGGAGGCAAGGUUGCCGCGGAGGGGAACUUCGAUUGUUUCGGGUCAGGAGCGCCCAAGAUCUUCUGGACCUUAGGAGCCACAAACUGGCCUACACCUGGUCAAGUGUAG